CUGAGCGACUCCGUCAAAAGGGGAGCAGCGGGGAACGUCGGGAGGCGGAGGGUUCGAGUUUCUGCACCGGAGGAGGAGGCGGAACGGAGGAGACAACGGGAGCAAGGCUGGAAUAAAUACAGAAAACAGAGGAAGAAAAUGGAGCUACCCGCCGCGGGAGAGCACGUCUUUGCGGUGGAGAGCAUCGAGAAGAAGCGCAGCAGGAAGGGAAGAGUCGAGUACCUGGUCAAGUGGAGGGGAUGGUCCCCGAGAUACAACACAUGGGAACCGGAGGAAAACAUCCUGGAUCCAAGGCUGCUGGAUGCUUUCCAGGACCGGGAACGUCAGGAGCAGCUGAUGGGAUACCGCAAGAGGGGCCCCAAGCCCAAACACCUCCUGCUGCAGGUGCCUUCUUUUGCCCGGAGGUCCAACGUCCUGGCGGACCUUCAGGAGGCGUCCCUGGAGGACGACGGCCGUCAGAAGUCCGGCCCCAUCCAGACGCUCCUCCCCCAGGCUCAGCAGCAGUACCAGCUCAACAGCAAGAAGCACCACCAGUACCAGCCUUUGUGCCGGGAGGCCGAGCAGCAAACCAACGGCAAGAAGUUCUACUAUCAGCUCAACAGCAAGAAGCACCACCACUACCAGCCGGACCUGAAGAUCCAUGAGCCGGUGUUCGCCAAGCCGCUGGAGGUCAAAGCUCCAGAGCUGGCCAGCAAGGGGUACAACCUGCCCCCGGUGCUGCAGCAGAAGUGGGUCCGGGACAAAGACUCUGGCUGUCUGACCAAAGUGAAGGAUAUAACCAUGGAGCUGAAGAAACUUCCCGCCGACCUCAACGGGCUCAAGGGGUCGGACAAAGUGAAAACGAAGGAGGAGUCUUCGGCGAACGGCGGCGGCAAGCUGAAGAUCGUGAAGAACAAAAACAAGAACGGCCGCAUCGUCAUCGUCAUGAGCAAGUACAUGGAAAACGGGAUGCAGACGGCUAAGAUCAAAAACGGGGAUUGUGAGGGGGCUGGGAAGCCGGCGGAGGGGCUGGAGGGGGGGAUGGAGAAACACCUGGAGAAGAUGAAGCUCGUCAAGAAGCUGGGCCUCAUGAACGGAUUUCCCAAACCGCCCAAAGACAAGCCGAUCGUUCUGUGUUCGGGAUUCAGAGCGGAGAGCAGCCCCAAAGAAAAGGAGACGUCCGCUCAAAUCCAGCUCGCCCUGACAGAGCAGGAUAAGCAUGAUGGGGUCAGAGGUCAGGAGGAGCUUCCACAGGAUCAUCCUUUACAACUGACAGGCAAGCCUAAUCUGCUCUCACUGCCUUUGGAAGGGAGAGCCCCCUCCUCACCGCUGGAUACAAGGGGAAGCUGUCAGGGACUAAAGCGACACCUCUCUGAUGCAGAUGGGGAGGAACACAACCCCAGCAAGCGCUUUCUCAGCUGCCGGACCCUCAGCACUCCCAGCGCCGCUCCGUCCCCCGACCGAACCGGGGCGGCGGGGGUCAGCAGCCUGCGGGACUGCGGCUACGCAGAGCAGGAGGAACCCAUCGAUUUGAGGAUCGUCAAGCCGAGGCCCUCAGCCGCGGCCGAGCCGCCGGAACGUCCUCAGGACGACAGUCGGACAGAAACCCCGGCUCUGCCCCAACCUCUGGAGCCGGCAGAGGACAAGGCCGGGUCAGAGUCUGAGCUGGAGUCCAGAAAGGAGGACGCGUUCCCUUCGUUCCAGCCGUUCCUGGGGAAUAUAAUCAUCACAGACAUCACGGCGAACUGCCUGACCGUCACGUUCAAGGAAUACGUCACGACAUAGCAGCGUGACGGGCUGUAGAAAUGUGCAUAGAAUAUCUAUAUAUUUGUAUUUUUCAAUGCUUGAAUGUACAAAUAAACUCCUGACGUUUUCAUUUUUGUACAGUUCAGAUUUUAGAGAAAAGUCUCUUUUAUUGCUUUUUUUGUUUGUAUAUUUCUACCUAAAAGUUCCUCCUGUUGAUCAGUAGUCACAUGCAGUACGUUCGGCUUCUUCAAACCGUUUCCACGUUUGCUCAAACUUUAAACAAAUUUGCACUUUUGUAAAUAAGUGAUGUCACAGACAUCCACACAUCAGGAACCUUUAAAGGGGAAACUUCUUUUGAGUUAUGAUGAACUGUAAGAAUGGCAGUGAGGCUGUUAACUGAAGCACCUUUCCUGCCAGUAAAAUGUUGACUUUUUUUUGUGGAAGCUCAUUCAUGGCUGCUCUCCUCUCUCCGGUUCUUCUGUCUGUUCUGCAGCAGCUCCAUGACGUCUGCAGAGAUUAAGCUGAUCAGAAAUAAGGCUGCAAUAAAUAUGUAUUAAGAGCA